AUGACAAGAAGAAAAAGUGCCCCAAAGAAACAACAAGUAGAGUCGUAUUUUGACGCGGAAAGAAUCUUGGAUGAAAAGAAAGAAGAUGGAAAAUGGUAUUACCUUAUAAAGUGGCUUGGUCAUGAUAAAAAUGGAAACCCUUGGCCUUCAAGCUGGGAACCAAAAGAAAAUUGUACUCCAUUGUUGUUGAUUGACUGGGAAAAAGAAAAAAAUAAUAUCAACAACCAGGAUACAGAAGAGGAACAAAGUUACGAGAAAGAACAAGAAGAACCGAAUCAGGAAAUUGAAAUCUUGGUAGAAGCAGCCCCACAAAAUGAUGUGCAAGAUCUGGAUGAUAAGCCUGAUAACGAAGUGAUGAACAUAGAUAAGACAGAUGAUAAAAUUAAUGAAGUUGAUGAUAAGAUAAAUUUCAAUCAGCUUAACCAAGUUUUGGAUAAAUAUUGUCACAUAAAUACAUCUCAAUCAUCAGAACCUAAAAAAGAUGCCAACAAUUUUCAUAAAAUCAAGUUCUCCCCUAAGGUUAAGCUUGUCAAGAUAAGCCCGAUACAACCGAUUAUUGCUAGUAACACCCCGAUAAAAAGUAAUAUUUUAAUAGUAGAACAUAAUGAUAAUGAAUCCCUUUCAAGUGUUUUUAAUAAUUCAAAGUUUCUAAUGAACGGUUAUCAUUCCGCAAAUAAAGUUAUUAAUGGAAAGAAAUAUUCCCUUCCUUCACAAUCUGGUAGACUUUCAUUAUUCAAUCUAAAUAAACGAGGUCCGGAUCAUGUUCAAGAUUCAAAUGAUAAUUCAACAACAAAGAAGCAGAAAACCGAAAUUGUUCCUGUUCCCGAAACGAAUAAUAUCAUCUCCAAUGUAGAACCUCCAGUUUUACAAACAACAAUUUGUAAUGAUGGUAAUGACAAAAAAGAUACUUCACAACCUGAUGAAUCGGCGACACAAUCCAAUAAAGUUCUUCCUAGUGGUAAUUCAUUAAAUUCACACAGUGUACCUACCAGCUCAACACAUUCAGGGGCUAUCCAUGUGAAUUCAGAAACUAUAAAACAAGCUUAUUCCCGAAUCAAUAAUAAAAAUGCAUCGAGUUCUGGUUCUGCAAAUUCAACAUCAUCCAGCCUUUCUAAAUUUCGUCCGAUCGCUGCUAAAAUCGCACCGGCACCAUCUCAAUUUACCAUUUCCGGUGUUGCUCCCAAUGUUGGAAAAGUGAAUUCCUCAUCAAGCGUAGGAAAGUUGGCCAGUAGUAGCACGUCGACAUACAAACAAAAUUUGCCACUAGCAAACAGGUUGGCCAGUAUAAGAACUCCGGUUCCUGUUGAUAAUUUUCCCAAAAGUAAUGUUUCAACUACAAGUGCUCAGAUUCAAUCUGAUAAGCGACAUACCAGUUACUUUCAUAAAUCAUUUGUGCAAAAUUCAAGUUCCAAUGACGAAGCUACGCAAUCCAACCAAUCUACUGAUAGUCAACCAUCUCAAAAGGUUUCAACACCUAAUAAACAACCUACUGCCAAUGAAAAAUCAUCUUCGAAUUCACAAAAUAAUGGAAAGACUGAUUUAUGGAUGAAUGAAUGGGCAAAGGCAAAAGAAGUUCAUCAUCUCAGGCUUGAGGUUGAAAGGAGACCACAAUCUGAAUCGGAAUCGUCCGAAGUAAUCAAAAAAUAUCAUGAGAGUAUUCAAAAAUUAUAUAGUAAAUGGUUAGAAACUCAAAAUAAAUUUGUCACAAAGAGUAAGGAAUUUACAAACCUUGAAACGGAACUUACAAAAUUACAGUCAGAAUAUACUCAAAUUAAAAAGCUUGUCAUGGGAAAGCACACAGAGGGAGAAUCACUUAAAGAUGAUUUGAAGAAGUCAGCUCAAGAAUUGAACAAACUUAGAGAUGAAAAUAAAAAUUUGAAGGCAGAUUGGUCAUGUUUAAUGAGAGACGGUGCUAUAAUGAUGAGAGAAGAUUAUUGUAAAAUCACAAAACUUCAAAAUUCGUUGCAGGAUUUAAUUCAACAAAGAAGCAAUGUUAACGAAGAAAUCAAUAGGUUGAGAAAAGAAACCAAACAGGAAGUAAAUAAGAUGAGAGAGUCUAAUAGAGAUCAUGAAAUCUUGAGGAUGGCCGAGGAAAAUUCAACAAUUGCAGAAAAUACUGCCAAACUAAUGCUUGAAAUAAAAAAACGAUCGGUUGGAGAUAUUCUUAAAAAGCACGAUACUACUCACCAAUCAUUAUCUUUCUCAAAUGUCAACAAUGGCAAUGUUCAGACCACAUCAUCAUUAACUUUUUUCUCAAAUUCGCCAAGUAUCGUAACAACAUUGCAGAGACUAAGCUUUCAACAUAGAGAUAACCCAAAAAAGCUUGUCAAUCCGGAAAAACGGGUUCAUCAAAAUAACUUCGCGCAAGGAGCAUCUAGUACUAAUGUUGUGCAAGCUAGAAAUGUUCCAUUAAUUACAAAGUCGGUUCGUAAUCUUCAUUUCUCCAAAUUGGCAGAAAAACCCAAUGCUUCGGCAAAUGCAAAAGUACAAUUACCACCUCAUCUACGUCUUGUACAAGGUAAAAGAUCGCUUGGAGGUCCUUUAAUCACAUCCGCUGCAAUAACUUCUGUACCUUCAAGAAGAUUGAAUUUACACUACCCCAUAUUGACUGAUACGAAAACCAAGGUAACUGCAAAUCCAAUUCCACACUAUCCAACUAAAUCAACCCAGCAAAUGAAUUAUCUUUGUGAAUGGAAUUUAUGCAAGAAAUUAUUUAGUAAAAAAUCAGAAUUGAAAAAUCAUCUUAAAGAUCAUCUUAAUUCUGGUAAAAUUCCAAUCGGGAAAGAUAAAAAUAUUGAUGGUACUGAUGAUUUAGUAGCAGUUAAAGUGGAAUUUUGA